AAGGAAAUAAUCGACGUGGAAAUCGUUCGAUCGAGCAUUUACGUGAAACUUUGUAACAUGUCAAGAAGAUGUGCGGUAGUAAAUCUAGUUUCUCGGGAGAGAUCCGCUUAGAGAAACGCGGUGCGUUGUAACCCGUUAGUUUUCCUGUCAAAAAGAGGCACGCGAAAGUACCGGUUGUUUUCCUGGUUCUAUUCGCUUCUGCACUCGACUGCUGGGGGCUUUUUCACGGAGUUACUUCACACAGAACACUGGAAAGAGACGAGUACGUGAAACGAUGCUCUUGAGAGUUUGAAGACAUCGUGGGGGAUAGCUGUGCCACCCCUCGUGCUUCCACGAGCAUUAACUAAGGCCACGUGGACCACGUCGGGAGAUUAAAAAAAUAUGUGCCAGCAUGUCCGAAGUCGGCGCGCCAGAAGCAGCGAGCGAGAAGGUGGACAGACAGGCGUCGGUUUACGUGUUCCCGGGACCAGGUCGUCAGCAUUAUCCGAGCUCGGCGCCACCUCAGCCAACCGGUGUCUCUGUUCCCGAUGCUGGCUCGAUCACAAUCACAACCACCGUUCCUUCGCCGAGCGUGUUCGCGAAGGGGAACGAGAACAGCAACGACGAGAACGACGACGUAACGCGUGGCAGAAGAAGAGCAUGCCCGAGGACGCACGCAAGAUCGGCAAGCCACGGUGGAGUGUUGGCGGAAUGUCUGACGAACGCUGGAUUCCCGCCACACGCGGGAUCUUAUCUGGGACCUCUGUCAGCGAUCGGGCCCACGAGGCCCUCGGCCUUGAAGAAACCUGGUCACCAGAGAGCGUUCAGCCAAGGCCAGGUGAUAGACGUUCAGGGGCACUCGGUGACGGGACACAGCCGUGUCGGCUCCAGAACAGAUUUCAUCCUUCCGCCUGGCCACAGAGAGGACUCGAGGCCACCCACGGCUGGAAAGGUGCCCUCCUUUCGCGGUCACUCGCGUCAGGCGUCCAGAUCAGAGUCGAUAUACACGAUAAGACGUAGCGCAGAACCUCCGUGGUGGAGGAAGUUGUGGGCUCGAUGUUUCGGUCCUUUACCGGAGGAACCUCGUUUAAGGACAAUAGUACCGAAUCACUUAGUGCCACCGAAAACACCCACGAGUCAGCAUCCUAAUGGCAAGAGAGUGGACAAUAGAGUACGCACAACCAAGUACACCAUGCUGAGCUUCCUACCUCGCAAUCUUCUCGAGCAAUUUCACCGCGUGGCCAAUAUAUAUUUUAUAUUUAUCGUUCUACUUAAUUGGGUGCCGGCCAUAAACGCCUUCGGUAAAGAGAUCGCUAUGAUACCGGUGAUCUUCGUGCUGGGUGUGACUGCGUUGAAAGAUUACUUCGAGGACCGACGAAGAUUGGCCAGCGACCGACGCGUCAAUAAUUCAACGUGCCGUGUCUACGUCAGCGAAGACGACAGGUAUGCAAAGGUGGCGUGGAAAGACGUGAAGGUCGGUGACUUGGUUCACCUCUCGAACAACGAACUCGUGCCGGCCGAUGUGUUGCUCUUACGGAGCAGCGAUCCUCAGGGCGUAGCUUACAUAGAUACCUGUAACCUGGACGGUGAGACUAAUCUGAAGCAACGACAAGUUGUCAGGGGUUUCGUGGAUUUUCAGGACACUUUUCGACCGGCCAAGUUCCGCUCCGUGAUCGAGGUCGAUCAACCAAGCACUAGGAUAUAUAGGUUUCACGGAGCGGUGGUUCAUCCGAACGGUGGUAGAGUACCUGUUUCCACGGAAAAUCUUUUACUCAGGGAGUGUUUGUUAAAGAAUACAGACUUUGUGGAGGGAAUAGUGAUAUACGCUGGACACGAGACAAAGGCGAUGCUGAAUAAUGGAGGACCUAGGUAUAAGCGCUCAAGGCUUGAAAAACAGAUGAAUAAGGACGUGAUAUGGUGUGUGGUGAUUUUAGUGAUAUUGUGCGUGAUAGGCGCCACCGGUUGUCGUUUCUGGCUAUCCGAUUAUGACGGUCUGACGUUCGUCCCUUUCAUCCCACACCUUCAGGAUCCAAACUACGAGAGUAUGCUAACGUUCUGGACGUUUGUCAUUAUACUCCAAGUAAUGAUACCUUUGAGCCUGUACGUCACUAUCGAAAUGGCGAAAGUCGGCCAGGUUUAUCACAUCGGGCACGAUAGCGCCCUGUACGACACGGAGACGGGACGCUCGGCUGAAUGUCGCGCGCUCAAUAUCACGGAGGAAUUGGGUCAGGUGCAGUAUAUAUUCUCCGAUAAAACUGGUACACUGACGGAAAAUAAAAUGCUGUUUAGACGGUGUGCCGUGGGGGGACAGGAUUACUCGCACAGCGGUGACGGUGAGAAUUUGGUACCCUCCUCCCGGCUCAAGGAAGAUCUCCUUAUAACCACGUUUAGACAACACCUGCAAGAGUUCCUAGUCGUAUUAGCGAUAUGUAAUACAGUUGUUGUCAAUUCUCAACCCCAUUACGACAUUAUGAACUCCAGCGGAGUGAUCGAGGAGCCUCAGAAGAACGGCGAAGAACGUGGAAGGUACACAAGAAUGAUAGAUUCCAGAAGUUUGACUCCAUCGCCGGUCAUCCCUUUGUCUACGCUGUCACAUCCGACGAAUAGUCUCGAUGAUACCGUGUCGUCGAUUUCUUCGAUAGUUGAAAUGGAAUCUGUUCUCAAUAAUACCGCUAAACUACCGAAUAAAGCGCUAAGGCCAAGAUUCCUAAACGUGACGUCGAUACCGAGUCUAGGAAUGGGAUUGUUGGGAAGAAAAUUGUCACCGAACGGAGCGCACAAAAGACGCAGUCCGCUGAGUCCCGUUAUCGACGCGAGCGGCAAGAGCGGAGAUGAAUUGUUACCCUCCGCGGCGAUUUACGAAGCGGAAAGUCCGGACGAGCUCGCGUUGGUGAACGCGGCUCGUGCUUAUGACGUGAAACUUCUGAAACGAACGGCACGUAGCGCGAUCGUUUGCCUACCGGAUAAAUCUAUUCUUACUUUCGAAAUUCUUCACGUUCUGCCGUUUGACUCGAAUAGAAAAUGUAUGUCUAUUUUGGUACGGCAUCCUCUCACAAACGAAGUAAUAUUGUACAGCAAGGGCGCCGAUACGGCGAUAUUAUCGUCUCUAAUUCCUCACGAGGAGAAUUCUAUAAUGACGAUCAAAAUUCGACAGCAUCUGCAAUCGUACGCGCGUCAAGGUCUUCGAACGUUGGUGAUAGCGAAAAAGUCGUUGACGUCGCAAGAGUACGAAAAUUGGCGUCAAGCGCAUACAGAGGCGGAACUGGCGAUGGAAAAUCGCGAUUUUCGUAUCAAAGAGUCGUAUAAGAAUCUCGAAUCUCAUUUAAGUCUACUAGGCGCAACUGGAAUUGAGGACAAACUCCAAGCUGGAGUACCGGAGACUAUGGCUACGCUCAUGGCAGCAGGGAUCAUAGUUUGGGUUCUAACAGGGGACAAGCCGGAAACUGCAGUGAAUAUUGCAUACGCAGCGCGUCUUUUUUCGCCGGCGAUGCAAUUAUUAUGGCUGCAAGCAAGAUCCAAGACUGUCGCUGAGGCCUUAAUUCACGGGUAUUUAGAAUCUGCGCGUAAAGAAAGUAUAGUUCAGGGCACUGAACACAGAGGAGUGGAUGACAUUAGGGAAAUUAGAAUGUUUAACCGCGAUCCAGUGGAAAAUGAGGCACACAGGAUAGACAAUCCAUGGCCGAAACAACGUGCUCUGGUUGUAGAUGGAAAAACCUUGACCGUUAUCCUCGAUCCACGAUCAGGACUAACCCGACUGUUUCUUGAGUUGACAAAAACGUGUUCAAGCGUAUUGGCAUGUCGAGCUACGCCACUUCAGAAAGCGUAUAUAGUGCGUAUAGUGAAGGAACAGUUGGGAAUGAGAACAUUGGCAAUUGGCGAUGGCGCCAAUGAUGUUAGCAUGAUUCAAACCGCAGAUGUGGGUGUUGGUAUCUCCGGACACGAAGGUACACAAGCUGUCAUGGCAGCAGACUUUGCCGUUUCACGAUUCUCAAUGCUCAGCAGACUCCUUCUUCUGCACGGACACUGGUGCUACGAUCGUCUGGCUAGAAUGAUCUUGUAUUUCUUUUACAAAAACGCCACCUUCAUCUUUCUUAUAUUCUGGUUUCAGUUGUACUGUGGUUUCACGGGAUCAGUCAUGAUGGACCAAAUAUACUUAAUGUUGUACAAUUUAAUAUUCACGUCUGUGCCGCCACUUGUUUUGGGCGUAUACGACCGAGUCGCCUCUCCAGCUGUUUUGAUGUCUAUGCCCCAUCUCUAUAAACGAGGACGUCUUGGACUCAUCUAUCAACCACACUCGUUUUGGAUAACUAUUGCUGAUGCUUUGUAUCAAAGUAUCGUCAUUUUUUUUGUAAAUGAGGGUGUAUACAAUGAUUCAACUAUUGAUAUAUGGGAAUUCGGAACUACCGUAAUGACUUGUUGUAUCGUUGUUAUGUUGACUCAUGUUGCCAUAGAAAUUAAAUCUUGGACUGUAAUUCAUGUUCUCGCUGUAAUGGGAUCGUUGGGAGUAUUUUUCGGAUUUUGUUUAAUUUACAAUAUAGUCUGUGUUAACUGUAUGGGUCUACUUUGUUCGUAUUGGGUAAUGGAGAUGGCUAUCAUGCGAUACACGUACUGGCUUACAGUAAUACUUACCUGUGUUCUAGCACUGCUACCUAGGUUGCUUUUUAAAACCAUAAAGUCGACAAUAUCUCCAGAUCUCACGCAAAGUGCCACGAUUAAUGCACCGUCGAAAAGUAGUAGCCAUAGACAACGAAUCGCUGAGAGAAGCGAAAGUAAUUUCAUUGCUGGUUGGUCACGUUCAACCCAGCAUGCUACUAUAAGGACCGGAACUAAAAACGAUGCAUUGACAACUAUCGUUGCCUGACAUAUCCUGAAGAGUCAAAUAAGAC